AUGGGUGGACUUCUCGCUGCCGAAGCGGCCACAGACCCUUCCAAUGUUCAUAAACGCAUCGUGGGGUUGAUUGCCUUCGACUGUCCAUAUCUCGGGAUGCAUCCACACGUUGUCAUCACCGGAAUCGCCUCUCUUGUACCCAAGAAGACCGAAGGUAAGAUGAAAACAGAGGCGGAACUCAAUCCCAGCCCGAAUGUACGAAUUGUAGACCGUACUAAAGAAACGGAGAACUGGGAUGACUCAGAGAAACAGGAUGAAUACUCUCCGUCGCCAUCACCUUCACAAUUAUCCUUGCCGACCUCAGCUACCGGCACAUCCCAUAAUAAAUCGGAUUCUUUAAUCAACCGUACAAUGAAAUUCGUCUCUUCGCACUCCGAUGAUCCCCUUGUCCGCUGGGCUCGAAAACAUUCAAAUGAGCCAUUCUCCGCUGGAAAACGUUGGGUUGUGGAACAUUUCCAAUUCGGUUCAUGCAUGUUCGACCCCAGCGGAUUGAAGGAUAGGUAUACGAACUUGGUUUCAUCAAGGAGCCUCUUCUGGGUCAACUAUUGGACGAUGACGGCUCCAAGGUCAAGCAACGAUGCUUCCCAUAGCGCGGGUACGGAAAGUGACCGUCAACAGUUGUUGGAUAAUAACGACGAGGCACUGAUUGGGGCUGGAAUUGCGAACCCAUCCGAAAAUCCCUUGGGCUCAUUCCAAUCAUUUAUAGAGCCGUCACCAUCGUCUGGCAAUAGCAUAUUACCUGAUAUCGUCCCUGAAGCGCCUGUAGUGCUAGGUCCGAAAACAAAGUCAGAAAACAAAGCUUAUGUGAAAGCCGCAGAGAAAGAGCUUAGAAUGCAGCAAAAGGAACGAAAGAAGGAAAUGAAGGAGAUCCAAAAGAAUCAGAAAGUAGCACAGAAAGAACGUGAUACACAUGCUAAGGCCGCCACCAAGGACAAGGCUAAGGGAGAGCGACACUUUGUCGUCCUUCCGACAGGUCUUGGAGCAAUACUCGGAGGCGGUGAUCAUUGGGAGCAAGUUGUGAUUGGUGGCGUCGAUGAUGAAGUAGCGGCUCACUGUGGUCUAUUCAUUCCUGAACAGAAUAUAGAUUAUGCGAAACUAGUUGAACGAGUAGGACUACGGAUUAUAGAAUGGUGUCAUAAGGUAUAG